AAGUAACAAAGAGGAAGUUGAUUUAACUUCCGGUUAUAUGUCAAUUUUCUAUUUACAUUUUAUGACACAUCAAAUGCGUGCCUAGUUUCAGAUUUAACAAAUGGCUUUUCAUCCUCAUUCAGACGCGGACGAAACUUUUGACUAUUUAUUUAAAAUUGUGUUAAUUGGUGAUGCUGAUGUAGGUAAAACUUGUGUUGUUCAAAGAUUCAAAUCUGGAACGUAUGUUGAAAAACAUGCCAGUACAAUUGGUGUAGAUUUCACAAUGAAGACACUUCAGAUUGAUGGAAAACUAGUGAAGUUACAGAUCUGGGACACAGCUGGCCAGGAAAGGUUUAGAACAAUAACUCAGAGCUAUUAUCGCAGUGCUAAUGGUGUAAUUAUGGCAUAUGAUAUCACUAAAAGGACGUCUUUUGAAAGCAUUCCAAGAUGGUUAGAUGAUGUAAAAAGAUACGCAGGGCCAAGUAUUGUACAGAUACUUAUUGGGAACAAGAGAGAUUUGGAGAAUUUAAGGGAGGUAAACUAUUCGGAAGCCAACUCAUUUGCUCAACAUCAAAACAUGAUAUCUCAUCUGGAAACCUCAGCGAAAGAAAAUACUAAUGUUGAUGAGACGUUUACAAAACUGGCAAAGGAGUUAAUGAGGAGAUAUGGGGGAGAUGUAGCUCUUGACACAUCAGCUGACUCUGGUCGAGUAAAUCUAGAUUCACGAUCCGUCGGUGGCGGGUUCGGCUGCUGUUCGACAUGAACCUAUUAAAUCCUGCCCCGUACCUUUAUAUAUUAUAUUAUCAUGUGAUUCAAACUUAAAGUGAAAAGAUAUAUCAUUAUUUUGUUUGAGAUAUUUCUCAUACAUACUGUCUGGGCCUCCAAGCAGUUUAGUCCAUUGUUCCAAGUUUACAGUUGCAACAAUUUUCCUAUAGAAUUAGGCAGAUAAAAAUUGAUCACAAAUAUUUUCCUGUAUUCUUGAACAGCAACGAUCUUGUUACAU